AUUCGCAGGUGUAAUGUUUGUUUUUUACGGGGAGUAGUCCAGGCCAGUUUGUCCUCGGCGAAUAUGUUGUUGCGCGAAACUGCCUAUUUUUUAGCUUUGAGUGCCUGGCUCUCGGUAUUUUUUGUGCCUUGUGAUUCCCUGAAGAACAAGAAGCGUGCGUGCAAAUGGGAAAAUCCGUGCCGGUGUUCUUUUCCGUCGGGUCUUGCCAUAGAUUUCUCUGAAUUGGGCUUCAGAAAUGAAUGGUUCAUGGUGGCAGUGGAGACGAAUGUGACACUCUUUUUCCAUCCCUGCUCUGACCUGAAACUUGGCCCAGACUAUGGGGCUGGCAACGAUUGUUUCUGUGGCACUUCAGUUUGCUUGUUAAACUCGACGUCUAAUGACUACACAAAUUUGGGCCGUGCAAAUGAGACAUCUUUUGUGAAUGAGGAUGGCCUGUACAACCCCAUCUACCUACAGUACAAAUACGGAAACAGGACAACAACAUUCCGGAUCUUGUGUGACACCGAGUCGACUGAUGUCAACAACACGAGGCUGACGGUCAGUCCUGGAAAUACAGAGGAGAACCACCUGAAGUUCGAGCUGAUUUCGGCAGCGGCGUGCCCGACGUACCGGCCCGCCAUGUCGCCGGCAGAUUUUGCCGCGGGAGCUGCCGCCGACGGCGGACUGUCGACGGGGUCGGUGCUGUGCAUCCUGUUGUUCGUGUUUCUAGGGGUGUACUUUGUGGGCGGAGCACUCGCUCUUCGACUGCUGCGGGGUGCCACUGGCCGGGAGAUGGUGCCCAACAUCGAGUUCUGGUCAGCCCUGCCCGAGCUCGUCAAGGACGGUGUCACGUUCACUCUCAACGGCUGCCGAGUGCGGCCAGCCAAUCUCUACGACAGCAUCUGAGGACUCGGUGUCCCCUCGUGGUAUGCCGAUACUGCUGCCAGUCUGAUAUUAUUUGAACCUGUCUGAACUGCUUUUGUGUCAGUGUUACAGAUCUGUAAAAGCUGAACUGCUCAAAAUGUAUCUAUCGCAAUUCUGUCUGCAAGUUACUGCGGUGCGACAUUUCGCACAAUCGGGAGAAGUACAAAUGGCAGUUUGUUAUGUAUCGACUUACUAAACACGGAAGUUGUUCUCUUUUUUGUUUAAAAAGCUAAGAUUUCAGAAACAUUCUGAUGGUUAACACACACACACACACACUUUAGUAACAAUAAAUACUGGAUAGCUCUCUUCGUAUGAAGGGAGAAUUUUGAGUUUAAAAGAGGUACUUGUGCCAAAAACAGUUGAAUAUGUUUCACAAACUUGCUGAGUGUACAGGAAUUGUAAAUACAGAUGUGUUCCAUAAAAGAAUGCUGGGAAUUUAUAUUUGUAACAUAAUUACAGAGUGUAAUUCACAAAGUUUUUGAUCCAGGUCAUGAAUGAUUACUGAAAAUGGAGCAGAAUUUUUCCUUGUAAUGUUUUCAGAAAUAAAACGAUGAGGAUUUAUUCUCUCAGUAUAAUGAUAUGUAAUAGUUUACUGCUUUGGUGAGAGCAAUAUAUUUUUUGUGCUGCUGUGUAACUUAUCAUUACUAACUUGUAAAUAUUUGUUUUUAUCUUGUUUACAGUUAAAAAAAAAUAGAUGUUGAAACCACAAGAGUUUAUUUUACAAGGAUUGGAGUAUGUUGUGUUUUUCUGUGGAAAGAGAUGAAGACUGUGAGUGAAGUUUAUAUUCGUUUCUUGUUUCUAAACUUUUAUAAAGCUUUAAUUAAAAAAAAAGAGGGAUAUGCAAUAA